UACGUUGAUAGAUAGCCAAGGAGCUAACAUGUGAGUAGCUGCUUCUGUUGACUUGACAGCUACACCUCUUAACUCAUGACAAUAAAACAACUAGCAUUUAAUGAAGAGAAAGGUUUAGAAUAAACGGACAUUAAUACAUUUUUUGUUUUCCUUUUUAACAUAUCCUGCUUCGGCAAAAUAAGCUAACGUUGAAGCUAAAGUUAGCAUGUCCUCUGUCAGCCACUGUCAACACUACAGGCUUCAGUAAAGCUUCAGUAAAGCUUCAGAACAUCAGAAGAGCUGCAGCUUCAGUACAUCAUGUCUUCCUGCACAAGGUUGCUUUACUUUGUGAAGCACAGAAGCUUGUGGGCUCAUGUUCGGAGAAAUGUCACAACAUGGUCUCCUGUUGGAGCUGCUUUCAAUGCCAAACCUCAAAGAAGACAAAAUCUGUUGGAGAAAAACGUGGGUUUGUUUGGAGUGUCUGAGCUCAGCUGUCCUGCAGGCUUUCAGGCGGCCACAGAGACGGCUCUGAGGAACACACGGCGGCUGGUGGACAAAGUUAUUUCUGGUCCUUCGGGGGUGGAGACAGUCGAGUCUUUUGAUCAGCUCUCAGAUGAGUUGUGUAAAGUGGCUGAUCUGGCAGACUUUGUUAAAGUAGCUCAUCCAGACCCAGCGUUUCGCGAGGCUGCAGAGAAGAGCUGCAUAGAGAUCGGCACGGUGGUGGAGAAAUUGAACACUAAUGUGGAGCUUUGUAAUAGUCUUAAAAAAUUGCUGGAUAACCCAGACACCGUGUCUCAGCUGGAUCCUGAUUCCAGACGAGUGGCAGAGUUGUUCAUGUUCGAUUUUGAAAUCAGUGGGAUUCAUCUGGAUGAGAAGCUGAGGAAGGAGGCGGUGGCUCUUCAUGUGAAGCUUCUGGAUCUAAACAACGAGUUCCUGGUCAAUUCUCACCAGCCCAACAGGAUCGCCAGGUCUGCGAUUCCCGAACAUCUACACCUGCACUUUGCCAGUGAAGGAAGCUUCAUCCAAGUGGGGGGAUUACACGCUGACUCCCCCGAUGACUUGGUUCGAGAAAUCGCCUACAGGAUUUACCUGUAUCCUAACGCAGAUCUGAUGAAGUGUCUGGAGGAGCUGCUGAAGUGCAGAUACAAAAUGGCCAAACUGGUGGGCUACGAGUCGUACGCUCACCGAGCCCUGAAGGGAACCAUGGCCAAAACACCAGAGACGGUGAUGAGCUUCCUUCAGUUGUUAACAGACAAGCUGUCAGACAAGACAGCCAAAGACUUCACGAUGAUGAGUAACAUGAAGAAGAAACUCAACCCACUUAAUGCUGAGCUCAUGCCGUGGGAUCAUCCGUACCUCAGCGGUGUCCUGCGUGCUGAAAGGUUCAACAUCGAGCCCAGUCUGUACAGCCCGUACUUCUCUCUGGGCGCCUGCAUGGAGGGUCUGAACCAUCUCUUCUCUCAGCUGUACGGCGUGUCCCUCAUGUCCGAACAGCCGAGCGCCGGAGAGGUCUGGAACGAGGACGUUCGCAAACUGGCUGUGGUUCAUGAGACGGAGGGAUUAUUUGGAUACAUCUACUGUGACUUCUUCCAGCGGCAGAAUAAACCUCAUCAGGACUGUCACUUCACUAUCCGAGGGGGCCGCUGGCUCCAGGAGAUGGGUAAGUACCAGCUGCCGGUGGUGGUUCUGAUGCUGAGUCUGCCGCAUCCCACCCAGAGGGCCCCCACCCUGCUGACCCCCGGCAUGAUGGAGAACCUCUUCCACGAGAUGGGCCACGCCAUGCACUCCAUGCUGGGACGCACCCGCUACCAGCAUGUGACAGGAACCAGAUGUGCGACUGAUUUUGCUGAAGUCCCGUCCAUCCUCAUGGAGUACUUCGCCUCCGACUACAGAGUCGUCAGCCAGUUUGCACGACACUAUGAAACUGGACAGCCUCUGCCUAAGAGUAUGGUGGCUCGUCUGUGUGAGUCUAAGAAGGUGUGCGGCGCUGCAGACACUCAGCUCCAGAUUUUCUAUGCCGUCCUGGACCAGAUCUACCACAGCCAGCCUCAGAACCGCUCCACCACAGAAAUCCUGCAGGAGAUGCAGAAUAAAUUCUACGGCCUUCCUUACACGCCCAAUACGGCGUGGCAGCAGAGAUUCAGCCACCUGAUUGGCUACGGAGCCAAAUACUACUCCUACCUCAUGUCCCGCGCCGUGGCCUCCAUGGUGUGGAAACAGUGCUUCGUCCAGGAUCCUUUAAACAGGGAGAUGGGUGAGCGCUACCGUCGGGAGAUGCUGGCUCAUGGAGGAGCCAAGGAGCCGAUGCAAAUGGUGGAAGGGAUGCUGCAGAGACAGCCCACCAUGGAGGAGUUUGUGGACGCGCUGGAUUCUGAGCUCAACCCGAACUUUGAGACCUUCCUCAUGGACUCUGAGAGCUGAAGGACGACGCUGUAACCAUGGAAACAGACGAGAACUUUUCAAAAGAGACGAUGCACUGAUGCUGCACACAGGAUGCACGCUCAUUACUCAGCAUCUCUCUUCUGUCUGUAAAUGAACUUUUUCUAUGUUGCUUUCUCUGUUAAAGUCACAUUGACUUAUGAUUAUAUAAUGUGGGUAAUUAUACUGAUAAUAUAAUAUGGUAAGAAUAAACUACUUUAUACUUGAUAAUCUCUGAAUGUUGAUUAUUGCAGAUUAUGUGAAAUUGUGUCCCAUUGACAGAUCUUCUGGGAUCCAUUUUGUCAUAUUGUUCAUUUAAUAUAAAAAAAUGUAAGUUUGUACAUGUUUUAUCACCUUUUUAUAACACUGAACAUUAAAUAAUAAGCAUGAAUUUCACUAAAGUCACAUUUUUCAUC